AUGGGGAGAAAAUUGAGCCGCCGGAGAGGAAAAAAAUAUUCCCUUGUCACCCACGCCUCCAUCCUCUUCCUCUCGAGAGUGCAUCCCGACUCCAUCCCCUUCUUCCGAAGAGCAACUCCCUGCACCCCCCCCCCCCCCCGCAUCCGCGUCUCCCUGGUGCCACCCCCUACCUUCCUAUGGCCGGGCACCUCGGUCGUCGGCUCCCCUAGGCCGGGCGCCGCUGCAGCCAGUUCGUGGCUCCCCAGGGCGCAGCGUCGCCGUCGUUGUCUCGCGGCUCCCUUGGGGCGGGCGCCACCGCAGCCGGUUCACGGCUCCCCAGGGACGGGCGGCGCCACCACUGGCUCGUCUCUCCCCUGGGCGGGCGUCGCCGCCGCCGCCGUUGGUUCACGGCUCCCUGGGUCGGGCGCUGCUUCAUCUCCACCAUGGCGUCAUCUUCGCUGCCGCUUCCCCCUGACAGUCACCCCCAAGCGACUGUGCCCCAUCCUUGAGGUUUCUUUGGACUUUGUCAAAAGUCUGUAUGCAAAGUUCAUAGAUUGGGAUGAGGAUAUGUAUGACCUGGAAAAUGACACACCUGCCCAUGCAGCAAAGUUGAAAUGAUCAGUGCUUGAAUUCAUAUAUUUUUAUGGGCCAACAAUGGAUCAUGAAUGGAUUACAAAAUUACUAAAUCGCAUACAGAGCCCCUUUGGCCGGUCUCCAAAAGGCCCUGAGCCUCCGCCGGCUCCUUGUGGUUUUGUGAGGGGGGCGGGAGUGUAGAGAGAGAGAGAGAGGACUCCAGUGAACAGCUAGCUGUGCUACAGUAGCAUUGUUAGGUGGAGCCGAAGCCCAUUGGAGCCAUGCCAAAGGCACCCAUAGCAUGUCUAAUAGUUCAGACAUCCUUUUCAAAAAUAUAGUACAGAGACAGCAUGUACCCUCCAUUGCUAUAUAUGUACAUUUUCUCUCUAGAAUCGUGUCAUUAUGUACACAUCAUGUGAUGAGUAAUAUUAUUGUUUCCUCCCACAAUCAAUACAACUUCCAAUGAUUAUUCAAA